UCAUGUUUGGAGGAGAUGUCACAGAUCGGGAGACGUGCAGCAACACCGCUGGAAAUUGAAGUUGUCACCGUGGCCGAUUAUAGCUUGUUCAAUAAAUGGUAUGAGCUGUUGGACCCAUCACUUCCUGAGGCAAAAAAGAUAGAAAUUGCAAAACAAAAUCUUACUACAUGGCUCGGUACAAUGGUCCAUUCGGCAAACCUCGUUUAUAAAAGACUUGAGGCACAUGGACUUUUUAUUUCAAUAAAGAUUGUAGACUUACUCAUCAUGACAACAGAGGCAGAUUCCCCUUGGACAGAGACUACAAAGUUCAAGGUCAACGACACGUACUUCAUUGACCCAGAUGUUGUCCAUUCACACUUCAAUCCAAAGUCUAUAGAAUUACAGAAAACCAUACCGCACGACCAUGCCAUGUUACUUACAAGGUACACGUUGCUACACGGAAAAAAUGGCACUGAAAAAUAUGCAGGUAUGUUUAAAUGUGGAUGUAACGCAUACCUCGGUGCUGAAUGUAAGCCAAACAGCCAGUCAAUAGUUGAAGAUAGUGAGACAAUGUAUACAGCUCAAACAAUUGCACAUGAACUUGGUCACAGUUUAGGUUGUGAGCACGAUGGCACAAACAACACGUGUAAAGUGGGUCUGGGUUAUUGCAUGGAGGCAUCUUAUGUUAAAAACAACAAGAAUAGAUGGAUAUUUUCGUCAUGCUCCAUUGAUUACAUCCAAGAAUUUGUUAACAGGACAAAUCGAGUCCACAAGAACUGCUUAGCAAAAGUCAACGACAACCAUCCUAAACCAGUACUAGCGUUAGCCUCACAAAAGUGGGUAGGGGAAUUAUAUACUGUGGACAAACAGUGUAUCAUUUCCCAAGGAAAAGGCUCGUUUAUGUGUAGGGAUAUGUACGAAGGGAAUUUUACGGAGUUUUGUUUGAAAAUGUGGUGCUACAAUCCGAAGGAUGAGGGCUGUUAUAUGCAAGAUGGUGGAGAUGGAACGCCGUGCGCUGCUGGGUCUUGGUGUUUAUCCAAUAAUUGUGUGAAGGACCAUAGAGCCCUGUCCUCACAUGAUGACAAAUGUCCUUUCGGUGACGCAGAAGGUGUGGUGCAUAACAACCUAACUUGUAAACAAAUUGCUGCAACUCGUCCUAAUGAUUGUUUACAAUAUAGAGUCAAACAGAAAUGUUGUGCUUCUUGUAAAACUGCUCAAACAACGCCAGUACCUGUUGAUGACCAAUGCAAGGAGAAUUUGGGUUCUGACUCAUACUUUUGCAGGUUGUUAUAUGAAACAAACUUGGAGAGUGGUUCAAGAAGGGAUCAAGCAUCAUCCUACGAAACAUUGUGUGAAGCCUUUUACUGCUUCAAUACCUCUACAAAUGAUAGCUGCUCAUUUAUAUAUGCAUAUGACAAAACACCAUGUGGACACAAAAAGUGGUGCAUAGACGGAAAGUGUGUUCAAGAUUCUAACGCAUCAGAUGUGUCCGGAUGUGAAUAUGGCGACAAAGAUAAGGCAUGUAAAGCAUUAAUAGAGUCUGACCCUUCUAACUGCUAUCGAGGUCACAAUGCAGCUAUAUGUUGUUCCUCUUGUAGCAAAUAUUAUAAACCAUCACAGAAAGGCUGUGAAUAUGGCGAUAAAGACGUCACUGGGUGUGCAGCAGAUAUUAAAUCCCGUUCUGACAGCUACCAAUGUUACGGAAAUAAUGCAAAAAUUUGUUGUAGAUCAUGUGGACAGUAUCUGAAUGCAUCAAACUCUGGAUGUGAAUAUGGUGACAAAGAUAAGACAUGCAAAGCAUUAAUAGAGUCUAACCCUUCUAACUGCUAUCGAGGUCACAAUGCAGAUAUAUGCUGUUCCUCUUGCAGCAAGUAUUAUUCACCAUCCAUCAAAGGCUGUGAAUAUGGGGAUAAAGAUGUUACCGGGUGUGCAGACCUCAUGAAAUCCCGCUUACCCGGUUACCAAUGUUACGGAAAUAAUGCUAAAAUUUGUUGUAGAUCAUGUGGACAGUAUCUGAAUGCAUCAAACGUGGGUUGUGAAUAUGGCGAUAAAAGCAACUAUUGUGCGACUCUGAUAGCAUCUAAGGCAGAUGCAUACCACUGUUACGGAGGAAAUGCCGAUGUUUGUUGCGGCUCUUGUGGACAAUACUAUAACCCUUCUCACAAAGAUGACAAAUGUCCUUUCGGCGAAGCAGAAAUUGUGGUGCAUAAAAACCUUACUUGUAAACAAAUUGCUGCAACUCGUCCAAAUGAAUGUUUACGACAAAGCGUCAGACAGAAAUGUUGUGUUUCUUGUCAAACUGCUCAAACCACGUCAGUGCCGGUUGAUGAACAAUGCCAGGAGGCUUUGGGUCCCGGAUCAUACUUUUGCAGGGGUGGACGAAGGUAUCAAGUUUCAUCUUACGAAAUAUUAUGCGAAGACCUUUACUGUUUUAAUGCCUCUACAAAUGAUAGCUGCUCAUCUAUAUAUGCUUAUGAUAAAACACCAUGUGGACACAAAAAGUGGUGCAUAGACAGGAAGUGUGUUCAAGAUUCUAACGCACCAGAUGUGACCGAUGACUGCCCGGUGGGAGAUCAUGACAAUGACCCAUCCGUUUCCUACAGCAAUAUGACAUGCGCGGAAAUAAGACAGCACGAAAACAACUGGGCAUGUUAUAACAACUAUACUAAAAGACAAUGUUGUAAAACGUGUGAAGACGUCAAAACAAAUGCUAAAGGAUGUGAAUAUGGUGACAAAGAUAAGACAUGCAAAACAUAUAUAGAUUCUGACCCUUCUCACUGCUAUCAUAGUGACACUGCAGCUAUAUGCUGUUCCUCUUGCAGCAAAUAUUACACACCAUCCCAAAAAGGCUGUGAAUAUGGCGACAAAGAUGUCACUGGGUGUGCCGGCCUCAUAAAAUCUCGCUCUGACGGGUACCAUUGCUACGGAAAUAAUGCUAAAAUUUGUUGUAGAACAUGUGGACAGUAUCUGAAUGCAUCAAAUUCUGGAUGUGAAUAUGGCGAUAGAAGCAAAGAUUGUGCGGCUCUGAUAGCAUUUAAGUCAGAUGCAUAUCACUGUUACGGAAGGAAUGCCGAUGUUUGCUGCGGCUCUUGUGGACAUUACUAUAACCCAUCCCACAAAG